AUGAUAAAAGAUCAUCAUAUACAACAGAAUGAAACGUCUGUAUUUAAACGACUUCAACAACAUCGGCAACAAUCAACAUCAUUAUCAUCGUUUCAAGUAACUGAUCAGCAACAUAAAGAUCGUGAUUCUUUUAUGAAUCAGAUACCGAGCAACAACAAACGAAAAUCGACCCAUGAUUUUACCAUUGAUCACACAUAUGGUAAUACUAAAAGUAAUGUACGACUUACAUUCGAUUGGUCAUCUCCAGAUGUAACUACAGCUGUUAUGGAUAAUAAACAUUAUUUUGGUCUUUAUUUAAUUCGUAUUAAACAUGGUUUAGUUCUGUUUUCCUUAACACUCACUGCUUUUCAAAGUCUUGUUUAUUUAUUAUUAGCUAUAUUUUCUGAAAAACAUUAUUCAACACAAUUUAUUCUUGAAAUCAUUCUAUUUUCUAUUAUUUUUCUGCUAUCAAUAAUAUUUCUUUUAUUAAUUCAUCGUGAGAAAUUUUUUCAUUCAUAUGUACAUAUAUCAUGUUUAUUAAUAUGGAUUUUAUUAACAUUUUUUGCAAUAAUACCUAUUAUUUUACAAAAAUAUAUGUCAAUUAUACGUUUAAUGGGUAUUGUAACAUUUUCAAUAAUAACUAUACAUACAACAUUACCCGUAUCACGUUCAUGGACAGUUUUAAUGGCUAUAACAACAUCUUUUAUUCAUUUAAUACUUGUUAUUCGUACACAUACUAUUACAGAUCCAAAUAAUAAAUCACAUCAAAUAGAACUUAAAUUAGAGGAAGCUAUAAUAAUUGAUAAUGAAUUUACUCAUCUUAAUAAUGUGGUUGUGUGUCUUUCAUUAUUUUUUAUUGCAUGUAAUUUAUUCGGCUUAUGUUAUCGUUAUUUAACGGAUGCACAUCAAAAGAAAACAUAUCAUAAUACGAUGCGUUGUAUUGAAGCUCGAAUCAGACUUGAAUGUGAAAAGGAACAACAAGAAACGUUAAUUCUUAGUGUUAUUCCAGCACAUAUUGCUUUAAGUAUGAAAUCAGAAAUGUUACGUAAAGUAAAAGAUACGGCUAAAUAUCAUAAUGUUCAAUCUCGUGAUUAUGAUGAUCAAUGUUCAAAUGCAAAAAAAAUUAAUACACGCAAAGCAGCAUUUCAUGAUUUAUAUAUAAAAAAACAUGAAAAUGUGACAAUCCUCUAUGCUGAUAUUGUUAAUUUUACACCAUUAUCAGAAAAGUUUACUCCUCCAGAACUUGUACAAAUACUUAAUAAACUUUUUGGAAAAUUUGAUCAAUUAGCACAAGAAUGUGAUUGUAUGAGAAUAAAAAUUCUAGGUGAUUGUUAUUAUUGUGUUAGUGGUUUACCGAUAAGUCGACCAAACCAUGCAUCUAAUUGUGUACGAAUGGGUUUAAAAAUGAUUGAAGAUAUAAAAUUAGUACGAGAAGCAACCGGUGUUAAUGUUGAUAUGCGUAUUGGUAUUCAUACAGGACGAGUUUUAUGUGGAGUAUUAGGUCUUAAAAAAUGGCAAUAUGAUACUUGGUCCGAUGAUGUAACAUUAGCUAAUCAUAUUGAAGCAGGUGGUAUACCCGGUCGUGUUCAUAUUUCUGAAAGUACAAGACUUAAUUUGGGUAGUGAAUUUCAAGUUGAAGUAGGUAAUGGACAUGAACGUGAUGAUUAUAUAGCAAAAUUAGGUAUAAAAACUUGGUUUAUAAUUCCAUGUGAAACACCAAAUCAUCAAAAUCAAUUAAUGAUGAAUGGUGGUGAUGGUCGUAAAUCUAGUAAAAAAAUGCAAAAAUUAUUAGAUACAUGGUCAAAUGAAACUCCGUUUGCUCUUCAACAUCUUGUUGAUAAUGAUAAAUCAGAUGCAGCAAAAAGUUUUGUUCUUCUUGAAGAUAAUUUAAAACCAUUAGCAACAUCAUUUUUUUGUUCCCGUAGUCGACAUAGUUCAAAUGAUCUCGAACCAUUUACACUUGAAUUUAAUACACAAACAGAUAAUACAAAUAAAAAUUUAGAAGAUGACGAAGGAAAUCGUCGAGCUAGUGAAAGUUUAUUUCGUUCAUUACCAGAAUUACGUUAUCGAUAUUAUAUUUUAAAUGCAGCGUGUGUUUUCUUUGUAAUAUUAGUUAUUCAAGCAUUAAUAUUUGAAAGAAAUGCUCUUUAUCUUGUUCUCGUUAUAACUGGCAUAUGUGCCUUUAGUAUAGCAGCUUCACUUUGUAUUAUUGAUCUUUCAAAAUUACAACGUGACAAUCAUCGUUCAUUACUUGAACAAUCAACUUAUUUAGUUACACAUUAUUAUUUUAUUCGUUUACCUGUUAGUCUUAUCUUAAUUAUUAUUUGUAUUUUAACACCAUUUUCUGUUACAUGGUCACCAUCAGUUAGUUUCAAUGAACCAUUUGAUAAUGGAACAGGAUUAGGCAAUGAUUUAUUAUUAUCGGGAGCCAAUAUUUCAUUUGUACAAAAUAAUAUUAAUCAGACAAUUCUUAUAACAUCAUCAACGAAUUCCAUAUUAUUUGAAUUAUGUCCUCAUUUCGAAUUUCAUAUAUUACUUAUUCAACUUGCUUUAUUAACGAUUUCUUCAUUUAUGCAUCUUUAUUUUCUUCUAAAAGCAUUAAUUAUGAUUAUAAUCGUAGUUACAUAUGUGUUUUAUUCCAGUUAUACUGAAGUAUAUAGUAUUAUUGCUGAUAAUUAUGGUUUACGAAGUAAUCUAUUACUUAUAGAAACAAUUUUACAAAGUAUUUUUUUUAUACUUUUACUAUUUGCACUUGAUCGACGGAUUGAAUAUAUGAGUCGAUUAGAUUUAUUAUGGACAAUUAAAUUUCAAAAUGAAAAACAUGAAGCUGAAACAGUGAGCACUAUUAGUCGAUUAUUAUUAGAAAAUAUUCUACCAAAACAUGUUGCAGAAAUUAUUAUGAAAGAAAAUAUGAGUCAGGGUCUUUAUCAUGAAAGUUAUGAUAAUGUUGUUGUUAUGUUUGCAUCAAUACCUAAUUUUAAAGAAUUUUAUGUUCAAUCAGAUGCUAAUAAUGAUGGAUUAGAAUGUUUAAGAUUACUCAAUGAAAUUAUUGCUGAAUUUGAUAAAUUAUUAGAUAAGAAUAAAUUUAGUUGUGUAGAAAAAAUUAAAACAAUUGGUCAUACAUAUAUGGCAGCAGCUGGUCUUAAUCCAGGUGCUGAACAUCGUAUGACAAGAGAACGAUAUAAUCAAAAUGUUGUUGCACUUGCUGAAUUUGCUUUUGCAAUGAUUGCAGUACUUGAAGGAAUCAAUCGAGAUUGUUUUAAUGAUUUUAAAUUACGUGUGGGCAUGUGUAAUGGACCUCUUGUUGCAGGUAUUGUUGGCGCCAAAAAGCCUCAAUAUGAUAUAUGGGGAAAUACAGUAAAUGUUGCAUCACGUAUGGAUAGUACAGGUGUGGUUAGUUGUAUACAUGUUCCGGAAGAAACUCAACGAGUUUUAUUUGAAAAUGGUUAUCCAUGUGAAUGUCGUGGGCCAAUUUAUGUUAAAGGCAAAGGUAAUAUGACAACUUAUUUAGUUCGACCACGUGGUUUUAUGAUGCCAACAUCAUCUUCCAAUCUUUCAUCAAUCGGUACGGCAUCGAAUAAAUAA